AUGAACUUGGAAGCUCAUAACAUAAAAAGAAGAGAAAACGAAAGCAUCCGCCAAUUUAUAACUCGCUACACAGAUGAAACGGCGUUGAUGAAAGGCCUCAGUGAAAACCAAAAAAUAUCAGGUUUCGAUCAUGGGUUACGCUUCCAACCUCUUGUAGAGUUCCUUUUCUAUGGACCUACCACAAGAGAUAAGAAACAGUGGGCGGAGUCACAGGGCCAGGCUACGACAAAGACCCUGACAGAAAUAGAAGAAACAGGAACUCUCGACACGAAAGGUUCUGAACGCUCCAUUCAACAGGCCACAAGGAAGAGCCUCCGGAAGCCACUCUACUUUCCAGCAUCCCCCAAAAAAUGCCCAGGAUAUUUUAGCAACAGAGAAGGCUCCGACAAGGGGAACCAGGGCCAAGACAAAAGACAUGGUAAAAAUCCAAUAAUUGAGGCUCCGGAGGCAAAAGCAGAACCAUUGGAGGAGAUAAUGGCAACAGUGUUUCCGGAAUGUCAGAUAACAGAGAGACAAAUGAUCAUAACUGAAGCCUGGAAAAAGGUGGCUAUAAGUCUCCCUCCGAUAAAAGAUAAAGAAGCAUGCGAAGCUCCAAUCAUAAUCAGAGCCAUUGUGGGAAGCCACCCAGUGAAAAGAAUCCAUCUAGACACUAGAAGCGGGUGUGAAAUAAUGUAUGAGCAUUGUUUUUUAAAGCUGAAAGCCACAUUAAGAAAGAAAAGGAAGGACAACAUAAGUCCCUUAGUAGGUUUUUUGAAUGAAAGAACAUGGUCACUAGGAGAGGUUACGUUGAAUGUUACUGUUGGAGAGGUUCCACGGACAAGGUCCGAAAUGCUAACAUUCGUAAUAGUGCGAGCGGAAUCACCGUAUAAUAUCAUACUUGGUCGCCCAGCAAUGAGAAAACUAGGUAUGGUACCAUCCCCAAUCCAUGCAAUAGUGAAAUUCCCAACUCCAAGAGGGAUAGGUUUUGUCAAAACCGAACCCCGUCCGGAGGUGCAAUGUUCUCAUAUAAGGGCUUCGGAAUCCGGAGAGUGUUCGAAGAAGAACGGAAAUCUUGAAGCUGAAACAGAAAAGUUGUUCAUCGAUAACAAGUACCCAGAUCAGCACGUGAUGAUUGGUAGACAAUUACCAACUGAAUACAAUAGGAAACUUAAAGAAGUGCUUGAAAAGAAUAAAGAUGUUUUUCCUUGGACACCCGCAGACAUGACGGGCGUCCCAAGAGAACUGAAGAUAAACGGUGAAAUAUUUGAUACACAACAUCGCUUAAACGCAAGAAAACAUCUGGAGCCUAUCAAACAGAAAUGUUGGAGCCUGGUUCCAGACCGAAACAAGGCUGCAAAAGAACAAGUGGAAGACUUAGUAAAAAUCGGCAUUCUCAGAGAGGUUAAGUAUCAAAGCUGGGUAGCCAACCCUGUAAUGGUUAAAAAACAUGAUGGAGGUUGGAGAAUAUGUGUCGAUUUCACCGACAUCAACAAAGCCUGCCCCAAAGAUGUUAUCCGCUCCCAGAAAUUGAUUGGAAGGUUGAAUCCCUCGUGGGCUUCUGAUAUGUCGAAGAUGCCUUUUGGUCUCAAAAACGCCAGAGCGACAUAUCAAAGGCUGGUGGAUAAAGCCUUUGGAGGACAGAUUGGAAGAAAUUUAGAGGCUUAUGUGGAUGACAUGGUAAUCAAGAGUAUAAAUGAAGAAGAUAUGUUCUUAGAUAUCGAAGAAACGUUCAAGACCCUCCGGUCCAUCAACAUGAAGUUGAAUCCUAAGAAAUGUUCUUUUGGAGUAGAAGAGGGCCAAUUUUUGGGGCAUGCUCUCAAAGAGGUCCAGAGCCUCAAUGGCAAGCUCGCAGCCCUUCACCGUUUUUUAUCCAAGUCAGCUGAUAGAUCCUUACCGUUUUUUCACACACUUAAAGGUUGUUUGGAGAAACAAAAUUUCAGAUGGACGGAAGAGGCACAACAAGCUUUCGCAGAGCUGAAAGACUACUUAUGUCAAUUACCAACAAUGACAGCCCCGACACCUGGUGAGACUCUCCAGAUGUAUAUAGCACCCUCCGGCGAGACUAUAAGUGCAAUAUUAAUAGCAAAUAAAAAAGGGGUUCAACAGCCAAUAUACUAUGUGAGCAGGGUCCUGCAGGCUCCGGAAACAAGGAGAUUAGCAAAAUGGGCAGUUGAACUAGGAGAACAUGAGAUUGAGUUCAAGCCUAGAAGUGCAAUCAAGGGCCAAAUAUUAGCAGACUUUCUUGCAGAAGUACCAUUAAUGGAAUCAAAAAAUAAAAGAAAAGCAGUGGAAGAAACAAAAGCGCAAAAUCCGGAGGAGAAGUCCAACCCAGGUGCAUGGAAACUCUUCACUGACGGAGCCUCUAGUUCAGACGACUCCAGCGCAGACCUCAUCCUAACAAAUCCGGAUGGCCAAGAGUUCACCUACGCCCUCCGAUUCGAUUUCAAAGCUUCAAACAACGCUGCAGAAUAUGAAGCACUACUAGCAGGUCUACGGAUUGCAAAGCAAAUGAAAGUAGAACAUAUUCAUGCUUACAUAGACUCCCAGAUUGUGGCUUUUCAAGUAUAUGGAACGUAUGAGGCUAAAGAACCAUCAAUGAAGAAAUACCUGGAAAAAGUUAGGCAGAUAAGACAAAGCUUCAGAAUACAUAAUGUUAGCCGGAGCCGAAACAAAAUUGCAUAUGCUUUGAGCAAAUUAACCUCCACCUCCUUCGCCCAUUUAACCAAAGAAGUCCUUGUUGAAAUUUUGCAAAAAAGCUCUAUUGAUGAGGAAAUUAUUGUGGCUCCCGUAGAGGAAGAAGGGAAAACUUGGAUGACACCAAUCAUUGAAUAUCUGACAAGUGAACUGCUGCCCCCAAGCAAGGAUGAGGCAAGAAAGAUUAGAAUCAAGGCUCCACAAUACACUCUCCGAGAUGAAGGCCUCUACCGGAAGUCGUACUUAGGCCCAUUGUUAAGAUGUGUUGGCCCGAACCAAGCAAAGGCAGUUAUUCAAGAAGUGCAUCAAGGCUGCUGCGGAGCCUAUGCUGGUCCAAGAACUGUGGUGGCCAAAAUCACCAAAAUGGGGUACUAUUGGCCAUCUAUGCACAAUGAUACUCUAAAAGAAAUACAAUCUUAUGACUCAUGUCAAAUUCAUGCUGUGGUCCCGAAGGCUCCGAAGAGCAAACUGAUCCCGGUAACAGUCGCAUGGCCCUUUUCCAAAUGGGGUAUUGACAUCGCCGGACCUUUCCUACAGGCUCCGGGGCGUGUUAAAUUCCUGGUCGUAGCUGUUGAUUAUUUCACAAAAUGGGUGGAAGCUAAGCCUUUAGCCACCAUUUCAGGAAAGCAGAUAGAAAAAUUCGCAUGGGAACAAAUAGUAACAAGAUUCGGAAUUCCGCAAGUCAUAGUUAGCGACAAUGGAAAACAAUUCAGCCAUGGAAUCUUUCCUCAAUUUUGUAAUAACUUAGAAAUCCAACAACGUUUCACAUCCGCAGCCCACCCCAGGCAAACAGACAUGUCCAAGCCAUGA